GCGGUCCUGCAGAUACUGUUGAAGCCGCUGGACUCCGGACUGCUGCACUGCUCUCUGCCCAGCUCUGCAGUCCAGCCCUCGCCAUGGCUGAGGAGGUGGCCAAGGCGCAGACCGCGCAGCCUGGAGGAGAUACAAUCUUCGGGAAAAUAAUUAGGAAAGAGAUUCCGGCUAAAAUAAUCUACGAGGACGAGCAGUGUAUAGCCUUCCAUGAUGUGGCCCCACAAGCUCCUACGCAUUUUUUGGUAGUCCCAAGAAAACCCAUUGUGCAGCUGUCAAAAGCAGAGGACGGUGAUGCAGCACUUCUUGGUCAUUUGAUGAUUGUCGCCAAGAAGUGUGCAGAGCAGGUUGGCUUACCUAGAGGCUACCGGCUGGUUGUCAACGACGGCCCUGACGGUGGCCAGUCUGUUUAUCACGUCCACCUUCAUGUUCUUGGUGGCCGUCAGUUGGGCUGGCCUCCAGGCUAACUGCUCAAGUCCUGAUCAACACGUAAAAUGGCAUCAUUAGUCUCGGCACUAACUAAACAGUUGAGUCGUAUGAUUAACAGCAGAUCGUUGUGCUAAUUCUGUAAUGUUAUGUCAGUCUGUUACAAGGAUACAGCAGGGAAAAUCAAUAAAUGCACUUACCAACAAUCA